AUGCCGUUCGUCAAGCAAGUCAAGUCUGGCGCCUACUUCUCGCGUUACCAGGUCAAGUACCGUCGUCGUCGUGAGGGUCGUACCGACUACUACGCGCGCAAGCGUCUCGUCUCGCAGGCCAAGAACAAGUACAACGCACCCAAAUACCGCCUUGUCGUUCGUUUCUCGAACCUAUACGUCACUUGCCAGAUCGUUCACGCCAAGAUCAACGGUGACAAGGUUCUCACCCAGGCCUCUUCCAAGGAGCUCCGCCGUUACGGUGUCAAGACUGGCUUUUCCAACUGGACCGCCGCUUACGCCACUGGUCUGCUCGUCGCCCGUCGUGCACUCACCAUCCUCGGUCUUGCUGACAAGUACGAGGGUGUAACUGAGCCCGAUGGUGAGAUGGCCGAGGUUGAGCCUUUGGGCGAUGACGAGCCUCGUCCCUUCAAGUGUUUCCUCGACGUUGGACUGAAGCGUACCUCGACCGGUUCGCGUGUCUUUGGUGCCCUCAAGGGUGCUUCCGACGGUGGAAUCUUUAUUCCUCACUCUGAGAAGCGUUUCCCCGGUUACGACCCUGAAGCCAAGGAGCUCGACGCCGAACUCCUCCGUUCUUACAUCUACGGUGGACACGUGGCCGAAUACAUGGAGUCUCUCGAAGAGGAAGAUGACGAGCGAUUCAAGAAGCAAUUCUCCACCGCUCUCGAGCAGGGCGUUGGAUCGGACGACCUGGAAGACAUGUGGACCAAAGCUUUCGAAAACAUCCGUCAAGACCCCUCUUUCACGCCUUCGGACAAGUCGAAGAAUUGGGCAGCCGAGUCGAAGAAGUACAAAGCUACCAAGCUCACCUACGAGCAGCGCAAGGCCAAGAUCGCCGAUCAGAUCGCUGCUUUCAAGGCCGGUGCCGAUCUCUAA